GCGGCGGGCGGCGGGCUCCGGGCGGCGGGAUGCGCACCGGGCCGGGCAGCACCGGCCGCGCUGUCGGGGGCUCCCCGCGGGUCCAGGCGGGGUUGGCGGAGGGCAGCGGGGCGGCUCUGCCCGUGGGUGACCUCCGCCGUGUCCCCGGUGCCGGUGCCCGGCGGAGCGCCGCGGUGCCCCGGGGCGCUGCGCGGUGCCGCUGCCGGGGGGCACCGAGGGGCGCUUAAAGCCCGACUUUUAGGGAGAGAAACCUGGAGCUCGGUGUCCGGCGGCAGCAGCGGCUGAUGAGUUGUGCCGGAGGGGAAUGACCGGGUCGGGGGAGGAGAAGGGGCCGGGGCUGUGGAGCUCCGGGCGCGUCCGAGGCACCGGGAGCUCGGAGGCGCUUUCCCCGCUCUGCGGUGCCGUGGGUUAUGGACCGCGGGGUGAACCGGGGCUCGGUGGUGAUUUCUGCCCAUGCCAGGGAAAAGCAGGUUCCUCCGGCCGUGGGGCAGGUGAGGAAGCAGUUCCGUGGGGCUCCUGCAGAAGAGGAAGCGGCUCUCGGUGCCGUGGUGUUUGUGCUGGGGAGCCACGCAUCAAGAGUUUCUUAUCAGUUCCUUAUCAGAGGCGAGAGGGGGAAGUAGCUCCUGCUGCCAGCCCAGCGCGGUGUUUCCUGGCCCGGGGCUGGCACCCAGCAGGCAGGGCAGGGCUGGGAUCGAUCCCUGCCCAGCCUGGCUGUGCCUCCCGUUCCGAACCGCUGGGAUGGAGCCGCCGCGGCUGGGGUUUCCCAGGAAUGGGAUCUGCCGUGCAGCGCGUUGGUGGCAAGCCCCCUUGGGCUCUGUGGGACCUUCAGGUGGCCCUGGCCACCGUGUCCCUCAGCAGGAGGGGUUCUCUCUCACCGGUUUCUCGUCUGCUGUUGCAGCCCGCCUGUCUGAUGCCGCAUUGGAGGCGGGGAGCGCCGCUAUGGAGCGCGGGGAUGGAGGCCACGCUCUGCAUCCACACGUGCCUUUGGCUGAGCGCCUCCUGGAUCCCCCUGGCCUCGCCGGCCGGCCCGGCCUGCGGCGGGCAGCACGCUCCGGACGCUGAGGGCAGCCACGGGAGGCUGACCUGGGCGGUCAGCUUGGAUGCACCCGAGGAGGAGCUGGAGCAGCGGGCAGAGGAGCUGGCGCGGACUGCGGGGCUGGUGAACAUGGGCCGUGUCGGGGAGCUCAGGGGCCAUUACCUCUUUGCCUACCAGCCCGACGGCCACGCGGCCGCUGAACACGAAGCCAUAAGGAGAUCCGUGGACACUUUGUUUGCACAGCACGACAGCGUGCGGUGGCACUCGGAACAGAAGCUUCUGAAGCGCUCCAAGCGCAGCCUGCACUUUAACGAUCCCAAAUACCCACAGCAGUGGCAUCUGAACAACCGCAAGAGCCCCGGGAAGGACAUCAACGUCACGGGCGUGUGGGAGCGGAACGUGACGGGGCGCGGGGUGACGGUGGUGGUGGUGGACGACGGCGUGGAGCACACCAUCAAGGACAUCCAGCCAAACUACAGCCCAGAAGGCAGCUAUGACCUGAACUCCAACGACCCUGACCCUAUGCCUCACCCCGACGAGGAGAACGGGAACCACCACGGGACCCGCUGCGCCGGGGAGAUCGCGGCUGUGCCCAACAACAGCUUCUGCACGGUGGGAGUCGCCUACGGCAGCCGCAUCGCGGGCAUCCGCGUGCUGGACGGGCCCCUCACCGACAGCAUGGAGGCCGUCGCCUUCAACAAGCACUAUCAGAUCAAUGACAUCUACAGCUGCAGCUGGGGUCCCGACGACGAUGGGAAGACUGUGGAUGGCCCCCACCAACUGGGAAAGGUGUGCCUCAGCCAAGGCAAAGCCCCAGUGUCUGUGGGGCUGGGCGCCCCGAGAGGGGCAGUGGGGAGCCCUGAUGACACGUGCUGGGGUCAGUGUGGAGGAGCCCCCCUGCCCUGUCCCUCCCCACAGGCUGCCCUGCAGCACGGGGUGAUCGCGGGUCGCCGCGGCUUCGGGAGCAUCUUCGUGGUGGCCAGCGGCAACGGGGGCCAGCACAGUGACAACUGCAACUACGAUGGAUACGCCAACUCCAUCUACACUGUCACCAUAGGAGCUGUGGAUGAGACGGGCUCCAUGCCCUUCUAUGCUGAGGAGUGUGCCUCCAUGCUGGCCGUGACCUUCAGCGGCGGGGACAAGAUGAUGAGGAGCAUCGUGACAACAGACUGGGACUUGCAGAAGGGCACGGGCUGCACGGAGGGGCACACGGGGACCUCGGCCGCUGCCCCGCUGGCCGCGGGGAUGAUCGCGCUGAUGCUGCAGGUGCGGCCGUGCCUCACCUGGCGGGACGUGCAGCACGUCAUCGUCUUCACCGCCACCAAGUACGAGGACCGUCACGCCAAGUGGGACACGAACCAGGCUGGCUUCAGCCACAGCCACCAGCAUGGCUUUGGCCUGCUCAACGCCUGGAGGCUGGUGAACGCUGCCAAGAUCUGGGAGUCCGUGCCAUACCUGGCCUCGUACGUGAGCCCCGUGCUGAAGGAGGGCAGGAGCAUCCCGUGGCUCCCUCAGGAGCUGGAGGUGGCCUGGAAUGUCACCCCUGCCGACCUGGAGCUGUCUGGCAUGAGGACCCUGGAGCACGUGGCUGUCACUGUCACCAUCACCCACCCUCGCCGUGGCAACCUGGAGAUCCGGCUCUUCUGCCCCAGCGGGAUGAUGUCCCUGAUCGGGACCACCCGGAGCAUGGACUCGGACCCCAAUGGCUUCUCUGACUGGACCUUCUCCACGGUGCGCUGCUGGGGCGAGGAGGCACAGGGCACCUACAGGCUGCUCCUCAGGGACAUCGGAGACGACAGCCUGAGGCCUGGCACCUUGAAGCAGUGGCAGCUGACCCUGUACGGCUCCUCCUGGUCCCCAGCAGAGAUGAAGGAGCGGCAGAGGCUGCUGGAGGAAGCCAUGAGUGGGAGGUACCUGAGCAGUGACUUCUCCCUGCCCUGUCCCCCAGGGCUGGACAUCCCCGAGGAGCAGCGUUACACCAUCACAGCCAACACCCUCAAGACCCUCCUGCUCUUGGGAUGCUUUGCCGUGUUCUGGACUUUCUACUACAUGCUGGAGGUUUGCCUGACGAGGAACGAGGUGGGGCUGGACCUGGCCUGCUCCAGCUCCAGCAGCUGCAGGUGGUACCAGCAGGGCAGGAAGCACCGAGCCCUGGAGAGCGACCUGGAGAUGGAGUCGGUGCCACUGUACCAGGAGAAGGACGUGGAGGAGGCUGAGAUGGAGUGUGAGCACCUGGAGCCUGCCCAGGACGGAGAGGAGGGGUCCUGGAGCCCCACCCACCCCAAACUUUCCAGCAAUGGCAGAGCUGUGAGCUUCCAAGAGGCAGCCCCCACCGGGACGGGAUUCCUGGGCCGGGAGGCACCGGCUGAGCUCCUCGGGGAGGACAGGGAGCACCAGCCCUGCUGACUGGGGCUGGGGCCCUCCCCUGGUACGACCUUGCUGGGCUCGGGCAGCACAGACUCGUUCCUGAGCCUGCACGGACCAUUGCCACUGUGUCCUGCAGGAGGUGGUGUUGGAAGUGGCUUGGAAACGAGGAGAGAGGGCUGGUACUGGAAAGGGAGCUUCCCUUCCCUCCUCCUGGAAAACAAAGCGAGCCUUAAACCCUUUCCUGCUGGAGCCUGCCCUGCUGGACGCUCAGGGCACCGUAGUGAGUGGAGUGCCAUUCCCACAGAGCCAAGACGUGUCCCUUUGUCCCUGAUUUCUGCAGAGCGAGCCUGGAAAAUGCAGCAAGGCCCCAGCAGCCGCCUCUGCAGGCAGGGACCCCACAGCACUGGCAUUUUCCCGGGCUGGCAGCCGGCCCCUACCCACCGGUUAUCCCAGUUUAGAAGCAGGGAGUUAUUUCACUCAUCUCCAACCAGCGCUUCUCCCUGCCCCCGUGCUCCAAUCCUGCUGAUUCCUCCUCUGCUGUGGGGUGGGGGAGGCAGGAGCCAGCCUGUCUGGGGACAGCAUGGGGCUGUCCCUGUGUCACAGGGCACAGGAGCACCUCUGGUAGCAGGUAGGCCUGCUUUGGGCUGGGGAGGGGAGGCUGAGUUGCUCUGGCAGUGGCUCAUCUCAGCAGGGUUGGCUCGUUCACAUGUCUUUGGGUUUCCGUGGUUUAUUUUUUUAAAGCCGGGGUUUGUUUUUUAAUCAGCAAAGCCCUUUUGUGUAGCUUUCCAAAUAAAGCCUGAAAAACC